AGGUGGUGCUGGGUGGGCUGGUGGGCUGUGCUGCAGCCCACGAGCGCAAAGAGGAGGGCCACGGGGUGGGGACUGUUGCUGUGCCAUCUGCCAUCGACUUUUCCACCAAGAGCCUGGACUCCAAAUAUGACUUAUGUUCCAGCAGAACUCCAGGUAUUAAAAGAACCCCUACAACAGCCAACUUUCCCUUUUGCAGUUGCAAACCAGCUGCCGCUUAUUUCUUUGGUGAAGCACUUGAGCCAUGUGCGUGAACCAAACCCAGUUCAUUCAAGACAGGUGUUUAAGUUACUUUGCCAGACCUUUAUCAAAUUGGGGCUGCUGUCUUCUUCCACUUGUGAUGAGUUUAGCUCAUUGAGACUGCGUCACCACAGAGCUAUUACUCACUUAAUGAGGUCCACUAAAGAGAGAGUUCAUCAGGAUCCUUGUGAGGCUAUUUCUCAUAUCCAGAAAAUCAGAUCAAGGGAAGUAGCCUUUGAAGCACAAACUUCACGUUACUUAAAUGAAUUUGAAGAACUUGCCAUCUUAGGAAAAGGUGGAUAUGGAAGAGUAUACAAGGUCAGGAAUAAAUUAGAUGGUCAGUAUUAUGCAAUUUAAAAAAUCCUGAUUAAGGGUGCAACUAAAACAUAUUACAUGAAG